UUACUGUGAAGACCGAUGCCGAUGGCUUCGCCUGCUGUCACCAACACAAAGGUCCUGCUGAUGCUCCUGAGAUACGUCCAGAACGAGGCCGGGGACACACGGCUUCAACCCCAUGAAAUUAGAGACGCGUCCUCUUAACCCACCAGAGGCUCGCGACUCUUCGCUGUGGCGUCUCAGUUAAUAUACGAAGCGAGCAAACGGCGUCCUGUUGAUUUGUGAGAUUGACUCUCCGGAUUGAACACGUCUUUCUUUAUUUUCUAAGGGAUUUCGUGAACCAAACGCGGUGAAGUAGUUCCUCAAUGGGUUUAUUAUGUGGUUUUUGCCUUGCCUGGACAACAUGGCAUCUACAGCAUCGUGUCACGGCUCAGCAGCGCUUCUCAGCCGGAAGCGAUGCAUUUUCACACCGUUCCGUGUCAGGACAAAAUGCUUUCCGUGUUUGGGAACACUGCUGAUGGCUGCCGUUGUAGUCGUAGUGUCUCAGGUGCCGGUAUCGUUUUCUACCAAGGCGUCCUCGGCUACUGAGGACGAGGGUUUCGUACUAGCCGAUUUAGUUGGGGAAAAUAAGGAUGAAGAGAAGGAAAAAGUUUCGGUAGCGUUUCAAGGAGAUGACGCGAGGGUAUUACCAAGUGGUGAAGGGAAGGAAAAUGCUUCGGUAGCAUUUCAAGGAGAUGACGCGAGGGUAUUAACAAGUGGUGAAGGGAAGGAAAAGGCUUCGGUAGCAUUUCAAGGAGAUGACGCGAGGGUAUUAACAAGUGGUGAAGGGAAGGAAAAGGCUUCGGUAGCAUUUCAAGGAGAUGACGCGAGGGUAUUAACAAGUGGUGAAGGGAAGGAAAAGGCUUCGGUAGCAUUUCAAGGAGAUGACGCGAGGGUAUUAACAAGUGAUAAAGAGAAGGAAAAAGUUUCGGUAGCGUUUCAAGGAGAUGACGCGAGGGUAUUAACAAGUGGUGAAGGGAAGGAAAAAGUUUCGGUAGCGUUUCAAGGAGAUGACGCGAGGGUAUUACCAAGUGGUGAAGGGAAGGAAAAGGCUUCGGUAGCAUUUCAAGGAGAUGACGCGAGGGUAUUAACAAGUGGUGAAGGGAAGGAAAAGGCUUCGGUAGCAUUUCAAGGAGAUGACGCGAGGGUAAUAACAAGUGAUAAAGAGAAGGAAAAUGUCUCGGUAGCGAUUCAAGGAGAUGACGCGAGGGUAUUAACAAGUGAUGAGGGCGAUGCAGGUUUGGACGCUGCUCCCAGGCAGGAAGAUGGCAGCUUCAACUUACAGAGUAUUCAGAGAAUCGUGGACGAACUGAAGAAAGAACAGGAAGCAGCACGUGGAUCCACGACGGACGAACCUCAGCAAAAGACUGAAGAGAUCACAGAGGGAGCAGAAGCACGGGAGACGGAACAGAAAGUGAAGGACUUCGUAUACAGUGAAGGUGUUGAUAUGGAGUCAUACGUGUCGGGCAGCCAAGGUUCCUACAUGCAGAAGGCUUUGAAGAAGUUUUAUGAUCCACAGUCUCUUCUUGAACCAAGUGGACUGAAGGCUUAUUUCGAGUUCCACAUUGGCAUCAUUGAAGAUACCAGUAAAUGGCUUUCGCAUAGGUCAAGGUAUUACAGGAGUUCUAUUGAGCCGACAGUGUUAAGUGGUCUUGCUUUAGCCAGAGUGUUCGCGGCGUCCCUCGAGGUCGUGUUGGCAGAGGCGCUAACCGAGAUAGAAAACCUAGAACGACUGCGGUACCAGAAAGCUGACCGAGAAGCCUUCGAGCGUGCUCGAAAGAACCGCAAACUUGGCGUGUUUGUGUUACGCCUUCGGGAGUUAUCCUGGAUGCUGGAUGCAGUCUUUGGCGAGGUGUCCGGUACAACACGAGCGUAUAGGUGCCCGCAGGUAUGUGUUACCAUAAGAUGCCGGUGGACCUGUGAGAUGAAGAAAACUUUACCAGCAGAAGUUGAUUCACUUGUUGCUUUGACGACUCGGUUGGCAAGCAUCUUCGAAACCAUUCAGGCAUUCAUCGACGCAGAUGCGUACAUUGGCUGUCUACUGGGGGCAGGGAAGUCUCCCACGUUCGAACACCGCGAGGCGGAAGCGACACAUGCGCGACACGCACACAAUUUGUCCAGCAACGUAGGCGAAUUUCAGCGACUCCUGAAGGGGACCGGAGGAAAAUUGUUGCAGCUUCGCGAAAGAAUGCUCGACUUCGCCUCUUUAUUCAAACCCGGGCACUAACCGUGGAGCUGUUGUUUUUCGCUCCGCUCGUUACGAGAUACACGCCGGUCACAUACACAUUGCACGUCUCGCGGAAGGGUCGAGUGCGAGUUCACAAAACCGGGUCUGUGGAGGUCCGAGUGCCCAGCGUGUUCGUGUUGGGGUUCGACCAGCGCUCUUCAAACUGAAUUCCGAGCAUUUGUUUUGGACUUUCCUUGUACGGAAGCAACCCGCGUCCCCUGCUUUCUUUACUACCCCUACACUGCAUGUGAGAGUCGGGACCACAUCGUAUGCGAACUGUUUAUUUGUCCCUGCGUUCUUGUUGAAGGUUUGGAACGUCGUUUUCGGGCGGGGCUUGGUUUCGUGACUUGUUAAAACCACACUGACUGGGUUGUGAGCGCCAGGCGCCGAUUUCUUCAAACGGCCUUCCCGACACGCACCGUGUUUCGUUCUCAUCCAUAAGAUCUGACAGUGAUUCCACCCUUUUUCCUUCCGACGAUGUAUGCAUUUUUCAGUGGUUGUAGGAGUAAGGGUACUGCCUCUCGUUCUGAACGACAGUGAGGUGCCUAGUCGCCAGUCCUUGGCGAGUCGUCGGAGUUUAGUUGCACGGAUGAACAUUUCGUUCACCGUUCGGCGUUGUUGAUGGCGUGCAGAAGAGGAGAGGGCAGGGGCGAGGGUAAGCGGGAAGCUUCACUAGAACUGAAGGGGUCACUGUUGUACUGCGUUCUGCGUAAACAUCUCUUUCUCACAACCCGUGAUGUGAGAGCUAGUUUCCGGCUUGUUCGAUGGCAUCUUGUAUUCCACGGCGCCGUUGUCCUUAUGUUGUCAAACCCCCUCUAAACGACCACUUGUCUGUUUGCGCAACGUUUGAAAACCUGCCUCUACCAGCGCAGUCACAGGAAAGUUGCUAUUAUACAACCGUCCAAGGUGGAAAUUAUCAUAUCGCAGGUUCGGUCUAAAUCCCCGUUAUAUUAUUAGAUCACAUGGCUUCGGUACUUUGAGAUCAUACUAACGGCAAGAAGAAAAGUGUGUUUCAAAGUAAAGGGAUGUUUAGCCGGGAAGUCAGCGUCUCUCCCAAUCAAGUAUGUUGGACAUUUUGCAUCUGCCAUUAACAUAUGAGAAUAAAAGGCAACGUGAAGCACGGUAUCAAUACCUGCAGGGUUGAAGAUGUGCAGAACUAUCAUAGUGGUCAAAGGGUUUGGCGCUUCGUUCGCGACUUAGUUGAUCGAAGGGUCACCCUAAGAUUGGAGAAAGUACACAAAUACUUGGUGAGGUGUGUGUGUGUGUGCGUGAACAUCACGGCGCGAAUUGUAACGCUUCAGCAGUGUGAGAGGCUUCAACCAAGCACAGCUUUCUUUUUCGGCUCGCAGAGACUGAAGUGCCACGCAGUUUCGGUGCUGGACAGGGGCCGUGCUCGUGUCGGAUUUGCGAGAGUAGAACUUCUUUUAGAAGAUCUCUGUGGUGCACCCUUCCAGCGCAAAGCCGCAUCCCAUAUUC